AUGGAAGGGACAGACAUCCAUGCUGCGGAGUUAGCGGAAAGGGUACAGGAACUAGAGAAGGAGCGUAGCACACUGUGGGACAAUGUAAGCUACCAACAAUCGCAAUCAAUGCGCAACAACUUGGUAUUUACGUCCGUUCCGGAGGCCAAUGGAAACGGUAACGAGACGCCGGAAACAACAGAAGCGAAGCUGCGUCAACAUUUGGUGAGUGCGUUUAAACUUACAGAAGAAGUAGCAACCUCUAUCAAGUUUGAAAGAGUGCAUCGAUCCCCAGGAAUGCCGUUACAUGGCAAAGUAAGAAACAUUGUCGCCAAGUUUACGUUUUUUAAAGACCGGGAUAUGGUUCGGAAAAGGUGGAAGGAGCUUGACGGUACCGCGUACCGCGUCUUUCAACAAUUCCCCCCUGAAGUAAUGUCGAAACGGCGUCAGUUGGUGGUGAAAAUGAAGGAGGCGAGGCGGCUAGGUAAACGGGCGUACCUAGCCUACGAUACGCUUUACGUAGACGGCACUCCUGUGCGCACGUAG